AUGGCGAUACUCGAUUGCGUCGGACACUUGUACCGAUGGAAUCCUCUGACCAAGCAGCCCACUGAUCCACGCUCAAUCUCGGCGUUUGAAGUGUUGAUUGUUGGACGAAACCGGAAGACAUGUCAAUAUGUGUUUGACGACGCAUGUGUGUCCAACCAGCACGUUCAGAUCUACACGGUGAUUUACGAUCUCGAACACCCACUGGAUAUCCCCCCUUUGGUGUAUGCCCAAGACGUAUCUACAAACGGAACGUUCUGGAAUGGACAACGUAUUGAUAGAAGGAAUGGUGGCGCGGUCCUUUUAAGCGAUGGCGAUAUUCUCCGGCUCUCUUCCAACAGUUUCCUCGAGUUCAGGGCCGAGUACCAAUUCUGUAGACCACUGAACCAAAACCAACAGAAGGAAAUCAAGGAGUUUGCAAAUGAAUAUUUGAUUACAGAUCGUCUACUGGGCGAAGGUGGUUUCGGACAUGUUCGUAUGGCUGUUAACCUCAAGGCCACCAGCCAGGUUGCUUGCAAAAUUGUCAAUCUCCGUGCGGUGAAAGAGACCGUCAUGAGAAAAAAGGGUGAUCGUAGUACAGAUAUGCUGGAAUUACAGAAACGAGAGGUGGCUAUCCUGCAGAAGCUAUGUCAUCCCAACAUCAUUGGCGUUGAGAAAUUUUUUACGAUGGAAAACUCAUUAUACAUUUUCGAAGAUCUCAUCACAGCAGGAGACCUAUUUACAUUCAUCGAGUCGAAGGGAGGCAGGAUCACAGAUUUCGAGGCGGCAUCUGUAACUCGGCAGAUCCUGAUUGCUGUUGACUAUCUUCACGACAACAACAUUGUUCACAGAGACCUCAAACCAGAGAACAUUCUCAUGACUUCGCAUGGAGUUCAACGACGGGUCGUGUUGGCAGACUUUGGCUGUGCACGGAUUGUCUCCCCCGGGAUCAAGCGAAUGUCGACAGUGGUCGGAACAUGGGACUAUACGGCACCCGAGGUUUACAAAGAGCUCAAGGCAGGUUAUACAAAGUCGGUCGAUCUCUGGUCUGUUGGCUGCGUCACAGUUGUUCUACUGAUUGGUACACCUCCAUUUCCCUUCUCAGUUUCGGGGGAUGUUGGUUACAUUGAGCCUGGCGAUUUGAACGAGAUGUUUAUGAGUACCAAGUCGACCGAGGCGAGCACAAUGGCUCGGAACUUUGUCCUUUCUCUGCUGGUCUUGGAUGAAAGGAAAAGGUUGAAUUCCAAGCAAGCCCUACAACAUUCCUGGUUCUCAAACGAACAAUAUCAGUCGAAAUUGCAACAGCUCUAUGAAGAAGCAAUUCAGGACUGGCACCCUCGAUAUGCCAUUGCUCCUUCCGGAAGCGAGAACUGCCUCCAGUCUGGUUAUAACUGUUCGAACAAGGCCCUGAGAACUGCGGUCUCGUCAACAUUUCAAGUUUCUAAGAGUCAGGCUGCCACAUUUGUCUCUGAGAGGCGAGAUGUUAUCGAGAAAAACAGAAGAGUCGGCUCUGAUAAAGCCAGCCCUUCUAGCCGUGGACAGAACAUGUAUGAUCGGACCAUUUGCGACAAGAUACGUGUUAGUCAAUCUUCACCAACCUCCCAGAAUUUCCGCCGCUCUUUCAGUCCGCAGGCAUGGAAUACAAAAUCUGUUGCAAGCCGCUUUGCUUCCUCAUCUAGCAAGUCAAAUGUUAACCGAAACAAUAUUGAUGUUAGCACUUUGAAGGAACCCAAAUCAAAUUUGACCGAGGAACAUGAGUCGUGGACCUACAUUUCAACAAAGCUGAACGAAGGGAUCUGUGCCUCUACAGACAAGUCGAUAGCAACUUCCAAGGGUAUAACAAGGGCCAAGAGGGGCUUUGACGAACUUUCUCAAUCACCUGAGAUAGGCGAGGUUUACGAAGAGAUCGAGAACAAGAUCACAGGCAAGGUGCAACGAGUUCUAUAUAAAGAGAAGUAA